AUGGCACCUGCUACCCGAACGACCUGCUUCGAUGCUCGAUGGCUCCGUGGCCUUGUAGGUACUACGGUCACCACAUAUGACCUUGUCUUGGAUGGCGCGUCACCAGAAUCUACCUCCCCCGCCACACCCCCUGCUCUGGCGGCUUCGCCUAUGACAGCCAUGUCUGCGUCGUCAGGGAUCUCCCGAACGUGGGUCAUCACGGAGAAACUCUCGGAGAGGGCAGCUCCUAUGACAAAACACGAUGUCAAGAUGGGCCGCGGUUCAGCAAAGACAGUUGGCAAGUUUCUAUGCCACCUUGCAGAGGACCCAAAUCAGAUAGCAUUCAUGCGAAUCUACCAACAGAUUCCUAUCACUGGGACAGAGGAUGCUGAUCAUGACACACUGGCUAGACAGGCUGUUCCUCCUGGAGUGUGUGGCGAGCUAGAGUCCUUUAAACUAUUGCAGAGUGGACGUUGUAGCGCUGUUCCUCGCUUUUUUGGCCACGCAGAAAGUACACAAGGAGAUAACGGCCUCGUCCCUGGCGGCUACAUUAGAUACCUUGUGUGGGAAAAUGUCCCCGGGGAGCCUCUGACAAAGGAAUUCUUCUGGGCCUUGGAUGACAAUGCACGCAAAGACAUCCGUCUUAAGUUCCGUGCGGCCUAUGAGUAA